UACACACACAAACACGUAUCUGACUCAUACACUGUUCGCUUCCCAGGCAUUUCUACAUUACUCCAUAUGCUUUAUUACACACUUUCUGACAGGUUGUGGGGCACCUGAGCCCUGGAUACAAUAAUUUCGUUAUUAUUAUUAUUAUUAUGAAAUAAGGGUUUCAAAUUUUGCCAGAAGGGAGCGAUUUGGGGAGAAGGGGACGAGACGAUUAUAUCGAGCGCAGAGUUUUCAUAGUCCCUAUUUCCUCCUCCCCUUUUGGAGCGGAGGGAAUAAGUAUCCCUUAAGGAGUUGGUUCUGGGGACGGGGGGGGGGAUCCCCGCAGAUCGAAAGAGGGGGCGGAUUACUUUUGUCACAUGACACCCCACACUUCCGUUUCCGCUACAUCCUGCCUGACGCGGGAGAAGAACCGUAAAGUGUUUUUGUUUGUUUUUCACGGAGAUUUUGAGAUUCACAGAUGACAUAGGCACAAAACGACUUCUGUAUAUUGGAUACAUCUGGAAUAUCUAUCAUGUCUUAAAGACUAAAGGAAAAUGUCUUAGGGAACAGAUAUAAUAACCCUACUGCUAUAAAUCUAGGGUUGGAUUGCUGUGAAAUAUUGGCUCUCACCUGAGAUUCAUAGCAACAUUUCUCCAUCUCAUUACCCGGUGCUUUUGCAUUCUAAUUAAACAGCAUCUUUAGAUAUUGAUAAUGAUCACUGUUGAUAGCAGUAGAAAUAUUUCUGAGGAAUAAAUUAUUACAAAAGAACAAGAAAAAGGAAAUUAUAUGAUUUGGUCAGAGAAGAACGGUAAAGGAAAAAUUUGAUACUGUGAGAAACUUCAAUGGUUGGGUUGAUUUGUAUCCUUUAGAGAAAUGUCAAAAGAACUGAGAGAAUCACAACAUUGGUGUGAAAUCUGUGGUAAAUUCUUCCACACAGGUAAUGAUUUGAUUAAACACAUUCGUGUUCAUACAGGUGAGAAGCCAUUUGACUGUGAUACCUGUGGUAAAUCAUUCUCUCUAAGACAUCACUUAACUGGACAUAAACGUAUUCAUACCGGGGAGCGGCCAUUUGACUGUGAUACCUGUGGUAAAUCAUUCUCUCAUAAUUGUCAUUUAACAUAUCACAAGCGUAUCCAUACAGGGGAGAAACCAUUUCACUGUGAUGUCUGUGGUAAAUCAUUCUCUGCAAGUAGUACGUUAACUAAACACAAAUAUAUUCACACAGGAGAGAAACCAUAUCCCUGUGAUAUCUGUGGUAAGGCAUUCACUUUGUAUGGUCACUUACACGGACACAAACGUUUUCAUACAGGAGAAAAGCCAUUUCAAUGUGUUACCUGUGGUAAGUCAUUCUCUGAAGGUAAUGCCUUAACAACACACAAACGUAUUCACACAGGAAAGAAGCCAUAUCGCUGCAAUAUCUGUGGUACAUCAUUCUUUCAAAAUAGUGUGUUAACUACUCACAAAUAUAUUCACACAGGGGAAAGACCAUAUCAGUGUGACACCUGUGGUAAAUCAUUCACUGCAAAACAGAACUUAAUUAAGCACAGACGUGUUCAUACAGGGGAGAAACCAUAUCACUGUGACAUCUGUGAUAAAUCAUUCUCUCAGAGCAACAGCUUAACUACUCACAAACGUAUUCAUACGAGAGAAAAACCACAUCACUGUGAUAUCUGUGGCAAAUCAUUCUCUGACAACUCAAAUUUAACUAAACACAAACAUAUUCAUACAGGUGAGAUGCCAUAUAAUUGUGAUAUCUGUGGAAAAUCUUUCUCUCAGAGAAGUAACUUAACUACACAUGCAUCUGUCCAUGUAAAAGUGUGAUUGUAUCAUUGUCAGAAUUCAUUAGAACAUCCAACAACAGCCGAAAUCUUAAAACCAUUCUCUCUGGUAAAUCACGGCUUAACCUUUGUGCCCUUAACAG